AUGUCGUCCUAUGUGUUCUACGAGAACCUCCCGGACGGCGUCCACGACGUGCUGCUCGGUCCGCAGAACGGCCUCUACCUCACCGGCUACGACUCACGCCGCCGCAUCACCUUUGUGCUCUACGCACCGCCCUUUGGCCAGCGGCUGCGGUACAUCUCGCAGCUGCCGUACCGGGACUACGGACAGUUCGCGCCCACUGUCCUGGGCGCGCACGAGGAGUCCCGCGGCACGCUGCUCAUCCUCCUCUACCAGCGGCCGAUUUCGUGGGGCAGCGAGUCGAUGGCCCUGUACCGAGUCAGCCCCGAGGACGGGAGCCAGACGCUGCUGAGUUCGACGCCGUCGCCCUUCUGGCCGCCGACGGCGCUGCUGCCCCGCUCGGACGGCUCGGUCCUCGUCGCCACCUCUGGCUCCGGCCCGCUCCUCCGCUACGACGGCUGCAACGCCACAGCGUGCGCCGGCCCGAGUGCACUCGCCUCGGCCGCCUCGAACGCGACUGGCAAGGCGGGGCUCGCGGAGACGUGCGGCGACGCCGGCUGCUGGGCGGCGCCGCAGCGCGUCGCGAGCUCGCUCUCCAACCCGCGCGGCGUCGCGGUGAGCGCCGCGCUCGGCAAGCUCUACGUCGUGGAGCAGAAUACGCUGCGCGGCGCCUCGUACGAGCUCUUCUCGGGCGACGUGCUCCAGUGCACGCUAGAAGCGAGGCUCUGCACCGACGGGCGGUACGAGUGCGGCGCGGGCCAGAAUGCGGGCGAGUGCGAAUGCGCGGCGGGCUUCGGCGGCGCGUGCUGCGACACGCCCUCCUCCUCGAGCGGUGUGGUCUCCCUCCUCGCCACCGCGGGCUGGUGGGGCGCGUUUGCGCCGCCGCUGCUCGCGGCGUUCGCUCUCCUCUCUUUUGGGUUGCGCCGCCGGCGCGCCUCCCCCCUGCCGGCCGGCUGGUCGCUCAGCGACGCAUCGCUGCUCGAGGCGCGCGACGCGCGGCCCAUGCCUCCGCGCGUGGCUCGGCGGCGCGGACUCUUCGCCCAGCUCGACUCUCAGCAGGAUGCCGCAUCGCUCGCGCCUGUCAACGUCGGCGGCAGCGCGCUCUCGCUCGCGUCGCUGCUCGCGCCGAUGAGGCAACCGUUGCUCGGCGAGGGCGGCGCUUGCUCCGGCUCGCACCAGCCCCCUCGGUGA